UGGUGGACAAAAUUCACUUCCGUAAAGGAUUUUGUCAUGGGAUUAAAUAAAAUCUGGUGUUUUAUUGGAGAAGAUAUUUCAAAAUGACCGAAAGAAGGUUCGCAAAAGCUUUGAGGAUUAAAGGAGAAGCCGCACACAUUCGCGAGAAUGUCAGCGCAGCUCUGCGAGAAAGUGCGAUCCAGAACCGGCCGAAGCUGGUUGACCCGAUUGACUAUGAAACGUUUGUGGUCAAGAACAAAGUGGUGCUCACCAACGACCCCCAGAGGGACAUGCUCAACUUUCCCUUCGAUGACAUCCAAAUUCCGCAACCUACGCCCACGAAGACGCUACACACUGCAUGUUCAACGGUUCCAAAGAAUGCCGCCAGCGAGUCAAGCAGUCUGAUGGUGCGCCAGUGUAUCAAGACGUACACCGGGCGCUGUCACAUGAUCAACUUCAAGUACCACGCAUAUGCAGGCAGUUAUCAGCAGUUGCCGAGUGCUAAAAAAUUGGCUUCUUUGCCUGAACAUGUGUUCGAGAUUGAUGCAGAAGAUGAAGAAAAAGAUGAUGAUACACUUGGUCGCAGUCAGACCUCCACAACAGAAAAGAAAGGCUGGUUGUUUAAGGGGCCAGACAGUGGAAAAGACAAUCCAAUUUUCACAAAGCAAUUCAAAAGACGGUACUUCGUUCUCAAACAGCAGACCGACUUUACGUUCAUCCUGGCCUUCUACAAAGAUGAAAAGAGGUACGAGCUGAAGGGAGAGAUCUACUUGGAUCUAGCUGUGGAAGUGGUCAGGAAUCCAAAGAAAGGCAAGUUCAGCUUUGAAAUUCGAAUGCAAGAUCGUCCCCCAAGCCUAUUGGCUGCUGAAAAUGAGGCCGACAUGGAUGAUUGGAUAAGACUUCUCAACAAAGUAAUCAAUGCAGCAGAGACGGCUAGUCAAGUUUCAAGAGAGAGCAUUAAAGAUGAAACAACAUCAAGCGGGAAACCAGAGAACUAUAAAGAAAGUAGCAUUAACCACCCUGUGGUAAAGUAUUCGCGAGAAACUGACGGAUCACUGGCCAAGGCGAGACAAGAAAACCGACAGAACAUGUUUUCCAUAUAUCCUGACAUGAGGAGAUUUUUUGAUGAAGAUGAAGAAGAGGAGGUUAUCGAAAGUGAAAUUGACUUGUUUCCGGCGGCCGUCUCCGAGAGAUUCUCCUUACGACUGGAAGAGUUCCGACUCAAGCUGCAGGUGAACCUUGCAGACGAGGGUCAAGGUCACAAAAUAUGCAAUCCCGAACCUUUCUUCAUCUCAUUUGCUCUGUAUGAUGCGAAGGAGGGCCGAAAGAUCUCGGAAGACUUCCACAUUGACCCGAACGAGCCAGAGAUUAGUGCCAUGAUCCCACACGACAUUCUACAAGCCUCCGAUCAUCUACACACGGUGGAGGGAAGAAGUAACUCACCGGACCUGUACGGAUUGAGUGAAGACUGGUUGAAGUCCGUCAAACGACAUGGUGUGUUUUCUGUGAUCCAACGCCAUUCCGAGAUUUACCUGGUGGCCAAGAUUGAAAAGGUUCUGCAGGGGAGUGUCUCGCAGUGUGUCGAACCCUACAUUCGGGUCGCCGACGGAAAAGUUGCGUCCAAAGUUCACCGCCAGAUGAAGCAGUUCUGUGGCCAUAUUGGUCAUUACCGCAUGCCUUUUGCCUGGUCCGCACGGAACCUCACAUUAUUGUCGGGAAAUUGUGACCUGCCGAUUUACAAGCAGGAGAGCAUCAAGAUGACGCAGGAUGAAAUCAUUCGCAUGCUCCUGGAUAUCAGAAAACCAGAAAAGUUAAAGUUGCAAGUGAUUCCUGGAAUCUUCAAAAUCCGGUUUCAGAUGCUUGAGCCCAAUACCAAUGUACCAAACAUGGUCUCCGCCUCUCUUGUUCCCAUCUUGCCAUUCCCUGUUCCUCCGAAGGUGAUGCCUACCUUCGAAGUGGAAGAGUUCCCUCCCGAACGUGCCUCGUUGUGUAGUACCUUCAGCUUCUACCGCAACAAUCUGUACAUCUACCCACUGCAGCUCAAGUACGAUGCCCAGAAGUCUUUCACAAAGGCAAGAAAUAUAGCUUGCUGCAUCGAAGUCCGUGACACAGAUGAUGUUUCCUCAGUCCCAAUGAAGUGUAUAUACGGCCGUCGCGGAUCAUCAGUGUUUACAACUGUCGCUACAACAGCCGUGGUUCACCACGUCUCCACACCAACGUAUACAGAAGAGGUGAAGGUGUUGCUGCCGACCCACAUCCAUGACAAGCACCACCUGCUGUUCCGCUUCUACCAUGUGAGCUGCGAGGGCUCCAGGACUGCCAACCGCAGCAGCGCCGGCUCAUCCGUGAAGAAGAAAGACAGCAUCGAACUCGUCAUCGGCUUCGCAUGGAUGCCUCUCCUCGUCGACGGCCGAGUGGCUGUUGGAGAUCGAAUGAUCAGUGUCUCGAGUAAUCUACCACCUGGCUACCUCAAUCACGAGACUCCUCCACUCGGUAGAGGGAAUACAGGUCCUGAUAUCAAGUGGGUGGAUGGUGGAAAACAGCUGUUUAAGAUCAACCUGAGACUCAUGUCAACGAUCUACACACAGGACCAGCAUCUUCACAAUUUCUUCCAAGUCUGUCAGAAGAUCGAGAACAGCCAUGGUGUUCCUGCAGAUCUCAACAGCAUCAACAAGCUCAAGACGGAUAUUGGCAUUGACACCUCUGAAACUAUUCAGAGACUGCUCAGUAUGACCAAGUCCCUGUUGGCGGUUGAGACGAGCACGUACAUACAGUUCCUGCCCACCCUGCUGGAUCAGCUGUUUCACCUGUUGACCACGACCAACAGCGAGGACGUGGGAACAAACACUGUCAGGGUCAUCAUCUACAUUGUGUCUUCUGUCCACGAUGCCAGCAAGCUAGAACUACUUCAGAAAUAUGUUAAGUACAUAUUCCGACCGGACCCGAUCCAGAAAGGUGCCAAGCAGAAGACGGUGCAUGAAGAGCUGGCGAAGUAUCUGACGUCCAUUCUGCGUCCCGCGAACGCGGACCCCGAGGUGAUCAAACGCUUCCUGGCCCAUGCCUGGUUCAUGCUGGAGAUACUCGUCAAGAGCAUGACACAGUUUCUCAUCGAUACAGACAGGGUCAAGAUGCCGCGGAACGAGCGGUUCUCAUCAGACUGUCAGUACAGAAUGAACAGUCUGCUGCAGACGGUGAUCCCACACAUUGUCCAGAAACACACGGAGAAGUGCAGCAAGGAUGCCAACCACAGCAUUGCACACUUUGUCAAGCAAUGCUUCACUCUGAUGGACCGUGGUUUUGUUUUCCGGCUGAUUGCCAUGUACAUCGACAAUUUCAACAUACCCGAUGAGAAGAUUCUGCACAAUUUCAAGUUUGAGUUCUUGCGUAUCGUGUGCAGUCAUGAGCACUACAUACCCCUGUGUCUUCCACUGAUGAGAAAAGGGCUGAAAACAUUCAAAGAUAUCAAGCCGGAAGACUUGCGUCAGGACUUCAUGCUGUCGGACGAGUUCCGCCACAAGCACUACCUGGUGGGCCUGCUGCUGUUUGAGUUGAAGAACUCGCUGAAGGAGCCCCGCGACAUGAGGCGGAGCGCAAUCACCGUCCUGCGCAACCAGCUUGCCAAACACUCAUUUGACGAUCGAUACAAGACCAAGUCUCAGCAAGGUCGGAUAGCCGCCCUGUAUCUGCCUCUGAUCGGCAUUCUGUUGGAGAACAAACUGAGACUGUCUAAAGACAGCCACAGUCCACAGCACCCACCCAAACCUGAAACGGUUGCCAACGGUGACGCGAAAAGUCAGAGAUCAAACAGUCUCGUUCCACGAACAGCCCCAGCCAGUGACACGAGACCAACCUCCAACGUGUUGGAGAUGAUAGCAGGAGGAGUGGCUAUAUCGUCGAAUCUGAACAUCAGCCUGGUGGGGUCUCAGUUACUAAACGGGUCAACAACAUCCAUAGACAGUGCAACAUUAGUGGAUGAAAAAGAAGCCGAGGCCAGGGGUCACAAGAGAAGUGACUCUACGACGACACUAACGGCCGACCAGCCUGCCCCAGUGACGCGAUACCGGUACGACAAGCUGGACAUCACGGAGAUCAAAGAUCUGCUGCUGUCUUUCCUCUAUCUGCUCAGACAUCUACCUGAAGAUAUCCUUCUAGGUUGGUUCAACAACAGUUCAGAACAUGACAUCAUCGACUUCUUUUCCUUGUUGGGGUUGUGUCUUCAUCACUUUAGAUAUCAAGGCAGAAAACGAAUAUUCACUUUGAGUAUGAUUGGUGACACGAAGAAGGCACUGUCAAUGCCGUCGUCCCGGAAACCCCAAGUGCCUAGCUGGUCUUCAAACAGAACUCCAAGUAUAUACAGCGAGUCGGGUGGAGAUGGAUUUCAUACGCCGACUGGAUCUGACGCCGAUGCCAUGGUGCGCGCCCUGCAGGAAGCUAACAUGUCCACUGAAGUGGGUCUCACCGUGCUCGACAUUCUCACACAGUUCUGCCAAACCUUCAAGAAGGAGCUGGAGAGUCGCGAUGGAGACAAUGCGCUGAUGAAGAACGUCUUCAAGUUGUAUCUGUCCUUCCUGAAGACCAGCCAGUCGGAGAGUCUGCAGAAACAUGUGUUCGGCGCUUGGAGGGCCUUCAUCAAAAAGUUUCAGACGGUGUUGUUCAAAGGAAGUGCCACGAUGUGUGGGGAGCUGUGUUAUGAGAUCCUGCGAUGCUGCAGCUCGAAACUGAACUCGACGCGGCGUGAAGCGUGUGCCUUGCUCUACCUGUUGAUGAGAACGAACUUUGAGUUCUCCAACAAACGGAGUUUCACCCGGGUACAUCUACAGGUGAUCAUUUCGGUGUCCAAACUGAUUGGUGACGUCGUCAUGGCAAGCACGUCACGUUUCCAGGAGAGUCUAGCAAUCGUCAACAACUACGCCAACAGCGACAAGGGAAUCCAGAAUGCACUUACAAAGAAAACGCCGUUUCCCGGUGAGGUGAAGGAUCUGACAAAGCGGAUUCGCACGGUGCUGAUGGCGACGGCGCAGAUGAAGGAGAACGAAGGCGACCCGGAACUGCUGAUCGACCUCCAGUACAGCCUGGCCAAGUCGUAUGCCAGCACGCCCGAGUUACGGCGCACGUGGCUCCACUCCAUGGCCCGGCUACACACGCGACACGGAAACUACUCAGAGGCUGCCCAUUGUUAUAUCCACAUAGCUGCACUGAUUGCCGAAUACUUGAAACGUCGAGGAAAAAUUAAGUCACGUUCCUACCCCCAGGGCUGCUCAUCCUUCAGCCGGAUCUCACCAAACAUCGCUCACGAGGAGUCGGGGAUCAAGGAUGACUCGGGCAUGCAGGAUGUGCAAUACACAGAGGACACCCUGGUCGAGGUGCUGGAGGAGGCGGCAAGGUUCCUGGAGAAGGCCGAGAGAUACGAGGUUCUUGGCGAGGUCUACAAGAUCGUCAUCCCCAUCUACGAGAAGAAGAGGGACUUCAAGAAACUGGAGUCUUGUUAUUCGUGUCUAUCAGAAUCCUACAAGAAAGUCCAGGAGGUUAUGAUAUCCGGAAAGAGAUUUCUCGGCUCGUAUUUCAGAGUUGCUUUCUUCGGCCAGACCUACUUUGAUGACCUGGAUGGACAGGAGUAUAUUUAUAAAGAGCCAAAUGUGACAAACUUGACUGAAAUCUGUGAACGACUGCAUAUGGUUUUCACCGACAAAUAUGGCAAAGACACUGUGAAGCUGAUCAAGGACUCUGCUAAGGUGAACCCGAGUGAGCUGGAUCCGAAGUUUGCCCACAUCCAGAUCACCCACGUGAUUCCCUACUUCGACGACAAGGAUAACUUGGAGAGACUGACGGACUUCGAGAGGAACAACAACAUCCGCUGCUUCAUGUACGAGACGCCAUUCACGAAGGACGGCAAGACACGAGGCGACAUCAGUCAGCAGUGUAAACGGAGGACGAUUCUUAACAGUAAGUAG